GUGCGGGCCUGGUCAGUAACUGCACCGUGGUUCGUCGCAGCAAUAUUACGUGGUAUGAUACAUCAUCAACGCCAGACGUACUACCACUAGAAACUAACAGCAAUAAUGCUUUUCUACUCGUUUUUCAAGUCGCUGGUGGGGAAGGACGUGGUGGUGGAGCUCAAAAACGACUUGAGCAUUUGUGGAACACUGCAUUCUGUUGACCAGUAUCUGAACAUUAAGCUCACAGACAUCAGUGUCACGGAUCCAGAGAAAUAUCCACACAUGCUGUCUGUGAAAAAUUGUUUCAUCCGUGGAUCCGUGGUCCGGUACGUUCAGCUACCCGCAGACGAAGUGGACACGCAGCUACUGCAAGACGCUGCACGGAAAGAAGCAAUGCAGCAGAAGCAGUGAUUUACCUGUAGGGUGGGGAUGGGGGGGGACUUUUGUGAGUUGUUAAAAGGUAGUUCAAGUUUUGAGUUAAGCUCAUUUAAGGAUGAUGAGUACAGCUUGUGCAGCUCUUAAUUAAGCAGUAUUGGUCAGUAGAUUCUACUCUUUCACAGAAAAUUUAAUUGUGUUCUACUAUUAGUGAUCAAUAAUUAUAAAAAUGUAAUUAUUGGAAACAUUCUUUAAGUCACAGACUGUAAAGGAGGCGUUGGCUGAUACUGUCUUUUGUUUAAAAGAAGUGGAACUACAACUUGUUAAUUUUUGACUUUUUAUGCAGCUUCAAAAUAAAAAGAUAUUUUAGUUUUGUUCAAGUUGUUCUCUGCUUGAGCAAAGAUUUAUGUUUGGGUGUUUAACGUUAACAGGACUUGAAUAGGUUUUAUGGCUAUGAUUACAGAAGAUGUUAUUUUGUAAAUGACUGCAUUUAUGGGAAAUAAAGAUUGAAAUCCCAUGGCCUUAU